AUGUACCGCUCAACCAAAGGAGCUUCUAAGGCUCGACGGGACCAGAUCAACGCCGAGAUCCGGAACCUGAAGGACUUGUUGCCCAUAUCUGAAGCAGAUAAAGCACGGCUCUCAUACCUGCACAUCAUGUCACUAGCCUCCAUGUACACCAGGAAAUCCGUCUUCUUCACUCAAGCGGGGACUGCUGCGAGUCUCGAGGAGUGCGCGAGGUUUCUGUCUUUCCACGAGCUGUCGGAGCUGACGCAGGCCCUGCCGGGGUUUCUGAUGCUGGUGACCGGGGAAGGGAAGCUCCUGUACCUGUCAGACAGCGUCUCCGAGCACCUCGGACACUCCAUGGUGGAUCUUGUGGCACAGGGAGACAGUGUUUAUGAUAUCAUCGACGCCUCAGACCACUUCAUCAUGAGGAGCAACCUGUCAGUCUCCACCUCACUUGAGACCGACCGUCUCUUCCGCUGCCGUUUCAACACCUCCAAGUCCGUGCGGAGGCAGAGCGCCGGGAACAAGCUGGUUCUGAUCCGGGCUCGCUGUCUCUCCCCCCCCUCCGGAGCCCCUGCAGCCGGAACCUACUGGACCGCCAACACGGUGUGGGUGUGCUUCUGCUCCCCUCUGGAGCCCCACCCGAGCCGCUCUGGCCCCGGGGCAGACCCGGAGUCCACCUCCACCCCUCCCCCGGUGGACACCAACUUGUUCCUGCCCUGCUUCCACUCCGAGCACUCCCGGGACAUGAGGCUGCAGACUGCCCAGCAAAGUGUGAGCGCCUUUCUCGGCUUUGAUGUGACAGAUUUGCGCUCCUGCUCCUGGUACAGCCUCCUCCACCCACAGGAUCUGUCACAUGCCUCCGCUCAGCACCGCAGCCUAUUGAGAGAGGGAGGAGAGGGCAGAGCUGAGAUGGUGGUGCGCGUGCAAGCCCAGGACCAGUCGUGGGUUUGGAUCUACAUGGUGCUUCAGCUGCAGCCCGGGGAAAUCCCCAUCAGCAGCAACAACUACAUCAUCAGUGAGUCUGAGGCGUGGUCCGUGCGUCAGCAGCUCACCUCCGAGGCGACUCAGUUGACUCUGGUUCUGAGCAGCGGCACCUCUCAGCAGGAGGGUCUGAGCCUCCAGUCCCCAGAGACCCUGUCCAGCCCGGACCAGGUCUUCACCCCGGGCAGCAGCGGCCUCUCCGCCCAGUCCUUUGACUUCAGCACAGCCGGCUGCAGCGUGGGCUCCUCUGAUGAGCGCGGUAGCUCUGCGGCAGAGGCCAUGCAGGUGGAGGGAGACCCCCGCUCCAGUAUCUCCUCUCUGGAGGAAGAAAGCUUCUUCAAGCAGCAUCCCCCCGAAAGCCCCUCAGCUGCUUCCUCCCCCACCCCAGUCACUGUUGAAACGGUAGCAGACUUGGACUUUUUGACCCAGAACAUCCUGCUGCCGCCCUCCUUCCAGCUGGACCCCGCUCUGCCAGCUCUCCCCCUGCCACUCCCCCCUGUCUCCACCUCACAAGCUCAGCAGCAGACCAAAGAGUUUGUGUGCACACCGCCCUAUACCCCCCACGUCGUUGGGUCCAACUUCCCCUUCGGUGAGCCCCUCUUCAGCUUUGAACCGGCUGGAACUACCACUCCUCCUCCUUCUACGACAACCGCCACCUCCACCACCUCCAUGGCCCCGGCAGCUUCUUCCUCAGACCCCCCUACUACGGCCACAAGCCCCUCUCCCCCCACCUCCUUGUCCACCAAGCUCCCCCUCACCCUUUCCACCACAUCCACUGACUUCCUGUUCCCCAUCGAGCACGGCAGCGGCUCUCUGUACGAAAAACUCCCCCCCACGCCCGACAGCCCCGGGGACGACGGCGACUGCACAGUGAUGACCCUGCCCGAGGUUCGGGGUCCGCUGUAUGUAGAUGUUCCAUUUGGGCCCCUCCAGUGUCCCCCAGAGGGCCUCCUCACCCCUGAGGCGUCUCCUGGUAAAUACCCUUACCUCUCCUUCUUCUCCCUGGAGAGAGAGAGGGAGAAGGAGAGGGCAGAGAUCUCCCUGUUAGCUCAGCACAUCAGCUCCCUGGCAGAGGGCUUCUACCUGGAUCCCCUCCUGUCCAAACUGUCUCCUCCCUCCAUGUCACCCUCUUCCGCGCCUCCCUCCCCCUUCCUGUCACCCGCCGUAGAAACUGCUGAUGAUGUUGUUUCGGGUCACAUGCUUAGGGAGUUUUAUCCCAUCAAAGCGUGGAGAGGCCUGGACAUUCCCAUGUUCCUCGACGAUGACGAAUCUCUGUUUGAAGAGAGCAUCUUAGAAACCCUCCUCCAAGACACCUUCGUUCCCCCCCAGUCCCCCAGCCUCACCUCGUCCCCCUCCCCUAUGCUGAACCCCUGCAGCCCACUCUCUCCUCAGACCCCAGUGUGCUGGCGCCAACCCUCCCAGUUUGAGGGAGCGAGCCACUUCUGUAGCGUCCAAUCGGCGCAAUGUAACUCCACGGCCGGGUGCGGCGCGGCUGCUGAGGCCCGGGCGAUGGCGAUGGCGGAGGGUGAGGGGCUGGCGGAGGAAGCAAUGGAGAUCGAGGUGGUGUCAUCUCCUGUGUCUUCCUGCUCCUCCAUCCCAGCGUCACCUCCCCUUAUCCUCACGGCCUCCCCCAGACCAGCCUUCUCCACGCCCGUCGCCUCGCCUGGGCCCGCUGCGUCUUGCAAUCAGUCCCUCCUGGAGGAACUGGCUGUCCUGGAACCCAUGUUUGGGGCAGGUGCCUCGAUCGCCCCUGGCUUAGGGCAACAACCUGAGUUGUAUCAACUCCAAUGUCACCCAUCGCCACAGUGCUUCCACAAAGAUGGGAGUGGAAGUGUUCCUCCGUUCUAAAAUAAGUCUGUGACUUACUUCAUUAAGUAUGGCAUAUUGUCAUAUUUUGUGGAGCCCCUUUUACUGCAAAGUAAAAAAUUAUUAAGUGUAUAAAUAUACAUAAUGUAUAUACAACUUAAGGACUUUAACUCCUACAUGUCUCUUAAGAACAAAGAUUGGCUUUAUAUUUUGGUUCAGUCAUUAAUCUGUGUACUUUUUCAAACGUGUGCAACAUUUACGUGAUGGUUCGACCACAUGGACUCAUAACUGACUGGGUUUUGAGUCCAUGUGGCGUCUUCAGCUUCUCUGUGACACGAGCUUGAGAUAUGAUCAGAAAGAGAAACCUCUCUGAACUUGUAAGCGCUGUUUAACUUCCAGAUGCGCAUUUGUAUUCACUCGUAGUGAAAAAUCUGUUGUGAACAAAAAAAAGAACAUUUCUUGCUAUUUCAAUAGAGAGAUGAAUUAUAGCACUUUUGCCUGACAUGCAGCGAUGCAAACUCAAAUCUCAAAUGUAUUGGAAGUCAAAUGUUUACAAUUUUCCAACAUCCAUAGGAUGACCACUAUUUGUACAUCAAAAUAAGGGCUCUUCAGCGCCAGUACAUCUUUGAUUCGAUAACACUCUUCCUCUCAGCCUUAAAGGCAACAUCGAAACUAACUCAUUAACAGUUAUUCAACUUUAAACCAGACAUACUUUGAGCUUUGAGUUUGCGGCUUCAAACCUUUAACGUUUCCUAUUUAUCUCUCCAUCUAAAAUCUUGUGUAUCAUUGUGAUGUGCAAACAAAAAAGAAAAACAUGUGUGGAGAUCCUGGCAUGUGAAGAUCUCGAGGAUGUUGAAGGUGUCCAGUGCUUUACGAGAUAUAACACAGAGCAAGAAAUUGUCUGGAAGUUUCCCGGAGCUCUGAUCAUGCUACAAAUCCACUGCUUCGUCGUACUGUACAUUAGACUCUGAAUGUGGGCUCUUCAGGUCCGCUGGCCUGAGGGCAGUCGGCUGGAUAUUGUUGCAGCAUCAAUAUUUGCAAUGCUGGCAGCUUAUAGCGGCUCCUGUGCCUGACACGGCCCUGACCUGCUGAACUCUGAACUCUUUAUCAAGUCCAUUCAACAUGGACAUUUACAUCGUUGCUCCACUGGAGUGAGGCACAAUUGACUAUGUGAAUGAGCGAUUCUUCUUUUUUGAGAGGGGUUAGAAUACAAAAAGUUUUGUUUUAAAAAAUGAAAAUAGGGAUGGGGUGCUAUUUCUAUUCAGUUACCAAGCGACACGGGUUGAGAAUGGUACUAUUCCCAUGGUGUCGACAUGCUCACGUAGAGUUGUCUACGGUCAAGUAAAGGAUUGAUUCCUACGUUCUAGCUAUUCAAGGCUAAGUUAAUAUACAUGUGUAAAAUGACUAUACUGUAUGUGUGAUAUUUGAAAAAGGUGUUAUUGCAUAUGCAUUAUGUCUGUGGAUAUAGGCACAUGUUCUUUUCAGAAAGGUUGUACACAUUUGUACAUUUGUAUGAAACAGCUACUGUUCUGUAUAUAGAGAGAGAGAUUUUUAUUGCAUAAGAUGGAAUAUAUUGUGAACAUCUUACUUACUGCAGAAUGGACAUUGUGGAUCAGUGUUCUAUUGUGUUGCUUAUAAGUGUAUUUGAUUGUCAUACAAAUGCAUUUAUAUUAAAAGUGCUCUUAAUGCGAAUGAUGCA